AGUUGAUAGAACUGCUGAAUUAUUCAUAUCAUUUAGCCUUUUUGGUAUAUUAUUUUAUAACAACUAAUGCUCAUUGAUUAUGAAAAUAUAAUUUGAUAUUUAGGCUGGAAUAAUAUAGCUGAAUCAUUUCUAGAUCACAGAUGAAUGUAAUGUUUAAUAUUUCUCUGUGAUUGAUCCUACAUUAUAUAUCAAAUUGAUAAUAGCUUAAUAAAAUAUGCGUGUUAUUUUCAGACCACAUUGAAGCCGAAAUAUGGACCAUGGUAAGGAGCUGGCUGCCUCCCCACCUACGUUGUCAACGCUAAAAGUUAAUGAUUUGAAAAUCCUGAAGAAGGAAUUCAGCGACGUGAAUGAGACGAAAUUUGCAUUGUUGACACGAAAAGGAGUAUUCCCAUAUGAUUAUGUCGAUAAUGUGGAAAGAUUGGAUGAAUCCGAGUUGCCAAGUAUUCAGAAUUUCUAUAACAAAUUGAACGAUACAAAUAUUUCGGACGACGAUUACGCGCACGCGCGAAAAGUUUGGGAAUCUUUCGAGCUGAAAUCGCUGGGAGAAUAUAGCGACCUAUAUAUGCGGACCGAUAUUCCUCUUCUUGCUGACGUCAUGGAAAAUUUCCGUGCGUCAUCCCUCAAGACCUAUGGCCUCGAUCCUGCUUGGUAUUACACCAUGCCUGGCUAUACUUGGGACUGCAUGCUCAAGUAUACUGGGUGUAAGCUGCAAAUCAUCAAAGACAUCGACAUGGUGAUGUUUGUGGAGCAGGCGAUAAGAGGAGGAGUAUCGGUUUGUUGCAAUAGAGUUUUAGCAGACGAAGUCGUUAGCGAAGCAGACGCCGUCAAAAAUGUCAAAUGA